AUGGAACGCCGCAUUACUCGUUCAACAGCACGGGCUGUAGCUUCUUUGAUUGCAGGAGAAGAAAAUACCCCUUCGGUUACUCAAGCAUCCAACACUACUAAAGUGAACAAACGAAAACGCCUCAAUCCAACUGACACGCCCAAUGUCUCCAAUCCCCUGACUACACCCAAAAAUAACACAAUCACUGAUGUAAAAUCGCCUACUGACCAGAAAAUCAAGCAAGAGAAGCCAGUGCUGGGCCCAGCGCUGUUUGAUGAACUCCCUCACAACCUAGGAUCUUUGCCAGCCUCAUUGUCUGUAGCAACAGAACUUUCGGCACCAAUUGCUGGAUUUGACAAGGAAAACCAAACUUUGAAGGACGAACAAGUUGACAAUGUGGUCACUGAGCUACAAUCCACUGUGAACAAGGCUACAACCCAAUUGAAGAAGGAACCUAAAAUUCCAAUUACCACAACCGGCCGCAAGCCAAAGAAGAAUACUUAUGGCCUGACGCCCGGUAUCUCUCCUUUUCCCGAACUGGCUCGACCAACCGCCGAGGAGUGCGAAGUUGUCAAUCGGCUGUUGUCCAGCAUUCAUGGUGUAGUCACUGCCCCGGCAACCAUCCCUGAGCCCUCCCUGACAGUCACCGGAUGUGGUGAGGUCCCAUCUGUUCUGGAUGCCUUGAUUCGUACUCUUCUCAGCGGUGCCACCACAGGCAACAAUGCUGCCAGGGCUUUUGGUGGGCUUGUGCAACGAUUUGGCACUCUUUCAGAGGGCAUCGGCAAGGGAAGCGUGAAUUGGGAUGCCGUACGACAGGCUACUGUGAAAGAUGUGUUUGAAGCCAUCAAAAGUGGUGGCUUGGCCGACAUCAAAAGCAAGAAUCUCAAGGCGAUUCUUGACAUAGUCCACGAGGACAACCAGGUGCGCCGGGCUAUCUUGUUAGAUUCUGAGUCGAAGAACGACUCAUUGUCUAAGCUGGUUCCUGAAAAGGCCGAAAAGGACAAACAAUACGAGAUUGCCUGUGCAGACCAGAACGUCCUCUCCCUCAAUCACCUCCACAAUCUCACCAGUGAAGAAGCCAUGGCCGAUCUGAUCAAGUACCCCGGAAUCGGACCCAAGACAGCCGCCUGUGUGAUCCUGUUCUGCCUCCAGCGGCCCUGUUUCGCCGUUGACACGCACAUUUUUCGGAUCUGCCGCUGGCUCGGAUGGAUUCCUGUCCGUGCAAACGAAGUAAGCGCCUUUAGCCACCUGGAAGUGCGCAUCCCCGACCACUUGAAGUAUUCUCUCCACCAACUGUUCAUCCGGCAUGGGAAGACCUGUCCCCGGUGCCGAGCUGCUACCGGCGAGUCCAGUGCUGGUUGGGAGGACGACUGUGUCAUUGAUCACUUGUUGACCCGCGAUGGGAAGCGCAAGGGCAAUGGCCCGUCUGUGGUUUCUAAGAAGCAAGCAGCUGCUAAGGGCGUGGCUGGUAAGCGCAAGAAAGUGAACAAGGACUCCGAGGACGAGACUGAGGAAAGCGAGAGUUCAUUUUCUGACGUAACAAGUGACGAAUGA